AUGGAAUGUGCACUGGGUACUGAGAAGGCAUGGACCAUAGGCCAGGACGUUCGCUCGAUCAAAGGCAAGUCGAAGGUUGCACCUGAACUUGUUGCGUUGAACAUCCCACCUUCGAGAGCCUCUGUUGCCCUUCGCGCGACUUCCAACAGUUGGAAGACACAGAAGGUGAAUGGUAUCAAGCAUAUCCGACGCACCAUCCGACUACUGAUGAAGAACCUCCUAGCGCAAUCCGCCAUGUCAUUCUCCGGGAAGCAGACCGCUCACGCGCGGCCGGCGAACCCAGCGAACCACAGACGGAUGCUCUUUGCCGCAUCGUGCGCGGCGAGCCUCCUCACGCUCAUCUUGACCGUCGCAGCAGCACAGCUGCCGCUGUUUGACUCGUCGCCGAAGAUCCUGUUAUCGCCGGGGACGGGGCCCGCGACCUUUUCGCUCCGACGGACGCUCGCUUCCGCGGUCUUGCGGUGGGACGCCUUCCACUUCGCGCACAUAGCAAAGGAGGGCUACGUGUACGAGCACGAAUGGGCGUUCUUCCCUGGGGUACCCUCCCUAAUGCGCGCCCUGGGUGCGUUGCUCCGCGUCCCGACCGCGAGCGUCGGAAGCCCGCAGCAGCUGAGCUGGGAAGACGUCCUUGUCGGGGGCGUGCUUGGGUCCAUGUUGUCGGUGCACUCUGUGCUGACGCUGUAUGACCUGACGCUGGAGCUGCUGGGCUCGCCGAGCGUUGCCCUGCUGGCGUCGAUGUUAUCGCUGCUGCCCAGUAGCCCGGCGACGUUCCGCGUGGCGGGGUACACCGAGGCACUCUUCGCCUGGUGCUCGUAUCUAGCAAUUGAGGGCAGUGGAGGCAUGCUCUACUGUGCAAAAGAACAAUGGCUCUUCGCCGCCUUUUCCUUCAUGGUGGCUGCGACGUCGCGCUCAAACGGCAUAUUCUUGGCUGGGUUUAUUCUCUAUGGACUCAUAGCCGAACCCUUCCUCAAACACCGCAAAGUGAACCUAGGAUCCGCGAUCUACGCAGUUGCGUUGUCCGCUAUGGUGGUCUCGCCAUUCGUAUACCUCCAGUACUCCGCAUAUCGCGUCUUCUGCGCGGACGGUUCGGAACCCGCCCCCUGGUGCGACUCGCUUCUGCCUUCUAUCUACAGCUACGCCCAGUCAAAAUACUGGAACGUCGGGUUCCUGCGCUAUUGGACGCUCCAGCAACUCCCGAAUUUCCUCCUUGGCGCGCCUCCGCUCGCGCUCCUCUUCGCGUACACGCUGCACUACUCACGCGCCGCCCUCAUCCCCCGACUCCGAGCACUAAUCACCUCCUCUCCCGCUUCGGGCAAGUCAAACGAGUCCCGGAACGAAGGUCGCGCGACCACGUCGCCCUUCCUACAUCCGGCUCUGGCUCCACACGCCAUCCACGCGCUGCUCAUGUGUCUCCUGCUCCUCUUCGCCUCGCACACCCAGAUCGUGCUGCGCUUUGCGGCGACGAUGCCGUGCACGUAUUGGGCGGCGGCGUGGCUGCUUGUUGAGCGACCGGCGCUGGGGAGGUGGUGGGUCGGCUGGAGCGUCGUUUGGGGCGCAGUCAGUUGUGUAUUGUGGGGCGCGUUCUUGCCUCCUGCAUAA